GACGCGGAAGAAACAAUCCGUUAGUUAUCUGGGUCGUAAAGUUGACGCUGUCGGGUGUAGUAUACCAAUUGGGCAUCCUUCUCCUACCCCCUCCCGCCCCCCGCCCCAAAUUAACUCUCUGCAACUCCAAAAUUAAGGUUUCCAAUUCAUCCUAAACCCUAAUAUUCAAUUCCAAUUCUCCUCCUUUUCAUUGUAUCAAUUUCAUUGAACAAUUCUAAAUCUGUUUCAUUCAUGAUCAAACCCUGUUCACUAAUUCACUGGGUUUAUCUCCUGAAGAUCCGCUGAAAUUAUCAAACUUCACUGUACAAUUUGUCGCCCAAAAGAUCCACUGACAAACUCGCUAAUAAAAAAUUGAAGGUUACAGUAAGGGUAAUGGAGAUGGAUGGAAGCAAACGUGUUUUCCACCGGUUAGGUCCUUCACAAUUGGACAACAGUAAUAAUAAACAGCAAAAAGUUUGUUUUCAUUGGCGGGCUGGAAGAUGCAACAGAUUUCCAUGUCCCUUUUUACAUAGAGAAAUACAAGGACCGCCACCACAUCAGCAGCAGCAUGUGGCAGGGAAUGGGAUGUCGUCUUCCUCGUCGAAGAGGCCUCAUAGGUUUAACGAUGAUAAUAGAGGUGGUGGAGGGAUGCGGAGGAAUCCGAAUUUUAAUAAUACGUGGGGAAGAACUGCUCCUGGUGGAGGUGCAGUUGUGAAGAAGACCGAGAAAGUUUGUAAUUAUUGGGUUAAAGGGAAUUGUACAUAUGGAAAUACUUGUAGGUUUUUGCAUUCGUGGACUACUGGUGACUGCUUCACAUUGUUGACCCAACUUGAAGGACAUCAAAAGGUUGUUACGGGGAUUGCAUUGCCAUCAGGCUCGGAUAAGCUUUAUUCAGGGAGUACGGACAAGACAGUACGAGUGUGGGAUUGCCAGUCUGGCCAGUGUGCAGGGGUUGUCAAUUUUGAUGGUGAAGUAGGUUCUAUGCUGAGUGAAGGGCCAUGGAUUUUUGUGGGUUUAACUAAUCUUGUCAAGGCAUGGAAUACUCAAACAGGAACUGACCUCAGUCUUAAUGGGCCUGUUGGACAAGUCUAUGCUCUUGUUGUGGGCAAUGAUAUGCUCCUUGCUGGUACGGAGGAUGGGAUAUUGGCAUGGAAAUAUAAUGGGAGCACCAACAAUUUUGAUCCAGUCAAAGCAUUGACAGGACACACUCAUCAUGUGGUAUCACUGGUCGUUGGAGCUAAUAGACUAUAUUCUGGUUCCAUGGACAAUUCAAUAAGAGUAUGGAACCUUGAAACAUUGGAGUGUGUACAGGUCUUGACAGAUCAUACAAGUGUUGUUAUGUCUGUUUUAUGCUGGGAUCAGUUUCUUUUAUCGUGUUCACUGGACAAAACGAUAAAGGUCUGGGCUGCUAAUGAGAGUGGGAACUUGGAGGUUACAUAUACUCAUCAAGAAGAACUUGGUUUGCUUGCUCUUUGUGGCAUGCAUGAUUCAGAAGCAAAGCCCGUAUUGCUCUGCUCUUGCAAUGACAACACGAUUCGCGUCUAUGAUUUGCCAUCCUUUUCCGAGAGGGGGAAGAUAUUCUCAAAGGAGGGUGUCCGUCGAAUCGAGAUUGGUCCUGCUGGUUUAUUUUUUACUGGUGAUGAAUCAGGUCAAGUUAGAGUCUGGAAGUGGUUAACUGAAUCCAGCAGUACAUCUUGAGAGGAUUGCUACAUUUACAACGAUAAUAUUUCUUUGUUGCUGGCCAGCAAUUAUCUUAUUUUUCUUCUCCUGGUGAGAAAAUGUACCAAGCAAAGAACAUAUAAUAAGACCAGUUUUGAUAUUCAGAGGUAGUACUACUCCAGGGCACUUUCUAGCAGCAGCAUAGUUUAGAGCCCUUGAGGUUUAGUUGCUUUUAACUAUUGAGCUCUUGAUGGGUUCCAGGCAUUUUUUUUCCUAGUCUGGUUUGUACACAAUAUGAUGAUAUUCUUGUAUAUCUCCGGGAGGACAUUUCUGGUGUGUCCUGUAUUGUUCACGUGUUAUGGAUGUAGCUCAAAAAUCUUUUGUUCCUUGA